AUGGCCUCUGAAGCAUCCUGGAGUGGCAUGGAGAAAACAUAUGAUCAACUUGGCAAGCCGGGAAUCUUUCGCAAUGAUCGAUUUUGGUUGGCGGGGGAUCAUGUUGUAGAUCCCAGGGUCAACAAGCACCCCACGAUUGCGAAGUUAAUCGAAUCGUCCGAAAAAGCUAAGAAGGUGUUCAAGAUGACGGAGUACCAGGGGAUGAACUAUACGAUUAUGCACACCGAAUUUUAUCGCGAGCGAGCGCAGCCAGGUAUGAUUGUGAUCGGAUCUGACUCGCAUACGUGCUCCUCCGGCGCUGUGGGAUGUCUUGCUAUUGGGCUGGGCGCUGCCGAUGUUACCAUGGCUCUUGUAACGGGAGAGAUUUGGUUCAGAGUUCCCGAGUGCGUCAAUAUUCGCUUGGUGGGUAAGCCAGGCAAGGGAGUCAGUGGCAAGGAUGUGAUACUCUACAUCCUGCAGCAGUUGAAAAGAAACACUGUCGCUGCGGAUCGUGUCGUUGAGUACACUGGGCCAGGGCUUGAGCAUCUAUCACCAGACGCGCGAUUCGCUAUCUCCAAUAUGACCACGGAGUUCGGAGGUAUCACGGGCGUAUUCGUGCCGGAUGGCGUUACCAAUUCUUUCGUUAGCUCAAGAAAAGUUGCUCGACAUAAAAGUGCCGCAAUGUACUUCCGUCCGGACGAAGAUGCCGUGUAUGCGGAAACGCAUGUCAUUGACCUGGCAAAGACGGAGUCAUUCGUGGCAAAAUACCCAAAUCCUGAUGACGUUGUCCCAGUCUCCGAAGUGGCGGGCACCUCAUUGGAUGGUUGCUUCAUUGGUGCUUGCACAACUGCAGAGGAAGACCUUAUCCUCGGAGCUCUUGUUCUUGAACAGGGUCUGAAGACUGGUCUCAGGCCAGUUGGAACUGGCAAGCGAAAGGUGGUUCCAGGGUCCCGACCAAUCCUCGAUAAACUCCGCAAGUCAGGCCUGGCAGCCAUAUAUGAACAAGCUGGAUUCGAGAUUGGCAUUCCCGGGUGUAGCUAUUGCGUGGGAAUGUCAGCAGAUAAAGCGGCAGAGGGAGAAGUCUGGCUCUCCUCGCAAAAUCGCAACUUCGAAAACAGAAUGGGCAAAGGGUCGAUCGGCAAUCUCGCUUCAGCUGCAACCGUUGCAGCCUCCUCCUUCAAUAUGACCAUCGCGGAUCCCCGGGAGCUCAUUGACCAGAUAGACCCUGCCAGAUGGGAAAGCCUAAAAGGGCGAGGUUCACUUCCAACUAUCAAGAGUACAGAGCCUCAUUAUGUCGAACCACCUCGUGGCUCUUCUGAUGAAGUGGAUAACACGGGACUUAUACCUAAUGAGGCACAAGCAACGGGCAUUGGCAGUGUCCCCACACCAGACUCUGAGCAGACUGUGCAAGGCAGUGGCGGUAGAGACCGAAUGAUCUCGGGUAAAGUGCAAAAACUGGGAGACUUCAUUGACACAGACGCUCUCGCUCCCGCGCAGUAUCUUAUUGAAGCAAAGACGAACGAAGAGCUUGGAACCCACUGCUUAGAAUUCACGAAUCCGAGCUUCAGGGCACGUGUCAAGGAUGGAUUCAACGUGGUUGUUGCGGGGAAGGCUUUUGGGUGCGGCUCGUCUCGGGAGCAAGCUGUAUCAGCCCUACUUGGAACUGGUGUACAAUGCGUCAUUGCCAAGUCUUUUGCCUUCAUCUACAGCCGCAAUCAGCCGAGUCUCGGGCUUCUAGGCAUCACCAUGACCCGAGCUGACUUCUUCGAGGCAGUCAAGGACGGCAGCUCCAUUGAUGUAGACUUGGAUAAGAAUGUGAUUAUUGUUGAAGGCCAGGAAUUCCCCUUUCAGCUCAGUAGUAUGGAGAAAGAACUGCUGGACAUUGGAGGCAUCACGCCGGCGUUCAUCAAGUACGGAAAGCAGAUCUUUGACGCGCUUUGCUCUGGCGGCAGCAAGCCGAAGCCGAAACGCGAUGAAGAAGCAACGGCAGUGACUUCGAGUUGUGGUUCGUCCUCGAAGCCACUGCAAUGGUAA